AAAAGUCGCCCUUUGUUGCUGGAACGACUGUACACUUAUUCUUUCUCUUUUUCGUAUCACCGCAUUUUCUUUAACAUAAAACAAUGGAUGUCAUCAAGGCAAUUCAGCAUUAUGCGGACAAAAUGAUCAAUGAUGUGCCGGGUAUGAAAGCCCUAUUGCUAGAUACAGAAACUACACCCAUCAUAUCACUCGUGACAACUCAAUCCACAUUACUCACCAAAGAAUGUUACUUAAUCGACAGAAUAGAUAACCGAAACAGAGACAAGAUGAAGCAUUUAAAAUGCAUUUGUUUCUUGAGACCUACGCGCGAGACUCUUCAGUAUCUUAUUGCUGAAUUGAAAGAACCCGCCUAUGGAGACUAUUACUUAUACUUUAGUAAUUCAUUACGUAAGUCGGAUAUCGAACAGUUGGCAGAGGUGGACGAGAAUGAAGUUAUUCGUGAAGUACAAGAAUAUUACGGCGAUUAUCUUGCUAUCAAUCCCGAUUUAUUUUCAUUGGGUCAAGACUCACGUCAUUUCUUUGGAAAUAGUGUGAAUAGUUGGGAUCCUGAUACUUUUGAGCAAACCGUACGCGGUGUGUCUGCUGUUCUUCUCAGUUUGAAAAAGAAACCCAUCAUUCGUUUUGAAAGAGCAAGUGCCAUGGCUAAGAAAUUAGCCUGCGAAAUACAAAAUACGAUUAUGGCAGAAGGUCAACUGUUUGAUUUUAGAAGAACUGAUACACCACCCAUCCUCUUAAUUUUGGAUAGAAGAAAUGAUCCAGUUACUCCUCUUUUAACACAGUGGACGUAUCAGGCUAUGGUGCAUGAAUUGAUUGGAAUUCAUCAUGGACGAGUUGAUAUGACCAAUGUACCUGAAGUAAAAAGUGAAUUAAAGGAAAUUGUUCUAUCCCCUGAUCAAGAUCCAUUUUUCAAAAAAUCAAUGUAUUUCAAUCUGGGUGAUCUGGGUGCCACUAUUAAACAAUACGUGGAUGAAUACCAAAGCAAGACCAAAUCCAACAUGAAUAUUGAAUCGAUUGCCGACAUGAAACGAUUUGUUGAGGAGUACCCUGAAUUUAGAAAGCUAUCUGGUAAUGUUUCCAAACAUGUAGCACUGGUGAGUGAGUUAAGUAGACGUGUGGCCCAAGACCAUCUCUUGGAAAUUAGUGAAUUGGAACAAGGUUUAGCUUGUAAUGAGAAUCACAAUUCGGAUUUAAAGGGCAUUCAAAAAUUGAUAGAGUCACCAAAUAUCUCAGAAGAUGCCAAAGUAAGAUUGGUCUUAUUGUAUGCAUUGAGAUACGAAAGAUUAGCAAACAAUUCUGUCAAAUCUUUGAUUGAUCUAUUGGACCGAGUAGGCAUUAGCGAGAGAAAGAGUGCAUUAGUACCUGCUUUAUUGUUUUAUGCCGGAUAUCAGCAAAGACAGGAUGACCUGUUCUCAAAUCAGUCAUUCCUAUCCAGAGGAAAAAGUGCAUUGAAAGGAUUAAAGGGUGUUGAGAAUGUAUAUACGCAACAUACACCUUUAUUAGCUGAUACAUUGGAUUUGCUCAUCAAGGCUCGACUUAAGGAUACAGAUUACCCUUUUGUGACAGAAAAUGCACAAUAUGCUCGAGAAAGACCACAAGACAUUAUUGUAUUUAUGGUGGGUGGUACAACGUUUGAAGAAGCCAAAUAUAUCGCACAACUAAAUGCGUCCACUCCUGGCAUUCGAAUUGUCCUCGGUGGAAAUUGUGUGCAUAAUUCAAGAACGUUUUUGCAACAAAUUCAGCAAGUGGGAGAAGGCUAUAUGAACCUGUCUACUCGUUAGAUAAAUAAAUAUUUUAAUAUAUCGAAUCUUAAUGCUAAAAUAAAAGUGUGUAGCUUCAUUAUCAUC